GUAUUUUUUUGCAUUUUUUUUUAUUUAGCUUACUUUAUCUUUUAAAUAGUUUUAGCGGUAAAGUUGUUGGGCAAAUCCAAAGUUACAAGUCAAGAUUUUGUCAACAAAGUUGCUAUGAUUGGAAGAAUUCACCAUGUUAAUGUUGUACAAUUGAUUGGCUUUUGUGUUGACGGAUCAAAAUGUGCUCUUGUAUGUGACUUCAUGCCUAAUGGUUCUCUUGAUAAAUAUAUUUUCCCUUGAGAAGGAAAUGCAAGUUUGGGUUGAGGAAACCUAUACAAGAUUGGUCUAGGGGUGGCUCAUGAGAUUGAGUAUUUACAUCAAGGUUGUGACAUGCAAAUCUUACAUUUUGAUAUCAAGCCUCAUAGCAUUCUUUUAGAUGAGAACUUCAUCCAAAAAAUCUUGGAUUUUGGUCUUGCAAAGUUAUAUUCAACAAAAAAAUAACAUUAUGUCCCUGAUUGUAGCAAAAGGAACUCUAGGAUAUGUGGCACCUGAACUGUUAUACAAAAACAUUAGAGGGGCAGGGUUCCUCAAUGAUGCUUCAAAUAUGGCCCCCAAACCACAGAGUAGGACAUUUUCCUACGAUGUUGUUACAUACCGUGCACCUUGGAACUUGCACUCCUACAGAAGAACCUGGGGACUGAAAUAACAUUAAUUGCAGGCAAUACAAGACUCGAAAAUUGUAAUUACAUUUGUUAGAAAUAUAGGAGAAGCUUUUUAGGUAUAGGACUAUUUACACACUCAUCUCACUAGAAGUAGUAAUAAUAGUAAAUAAAUAUUAAGUGGGAUG